CACAAUCAAAGUCUAUUACCCAAUUGAUACUUAUCGAAGCUCAACGCUCCGACGAUUUUAGCAUUUGGCCUCUUUAUCUUUUCUCCUUUCUCUCCAUUUCCUUUCGAUACCUUCCUCAAUCUCCACUCUUGCUUGUUCUUCUUUCUGUCUUUAUUCAUAUUCGCUUUUUAGCGGCCAAUCAAACCACCAUGAAGAGCUUCACCAGACUUGCCCGGGCCACGCCCCGCGUCAAGACCUCGCUCUCUGCUGGCCGGCUAACUGCCGCUGGAAGCAUCCGAUGCGCCUCUAAUGCAUCCAGCGGAGAGGAGCUCAAGAAGACGCCGUUGUACGACUUCCAUGUUGCCAAUGGCGCCAAGAUGGUGCCUUUUGCGGGAUACUCCAUGCCCGUCCAGUACUCAUCACUGUCUCUUGCGGAUUCUCACCACUUCACACGGAACCAUGCGUCCAUCUUUGAUGUCAGCCACAUGGUUCAGCACAUCUUCAAGGGACCCGACGCAGUGGCCUUUUUGGAGAAGGUGACGCCUUCAGCGUGGGGAAAUGUGGCCCCCAUGAGCGGCAAGCUGACGACUUUUCUGUGGCCCGGCACAGGAGGCAUUGUGGAUGACACUAUUGUGACCAGAAUCGGCGAGGACGAGUUCUAUGUGGUGACCAAUGGAGCGUGUCUUGAAAAGGACACCAAGUACAUCGAUGAGCAGUUGGGCAAGUUUGGCGGCAACGUUCAGUGGACGAGGCUGGAUGGCUCAGGGCUGAUUGCCCUGCAGGGCCCUCAGGCGGCUGAGAUUCUGAGCGAGGUCCUCGCUACUGAUAUCAACCUGAAGGAGUUCUACUUUGGAAACACUGUCAAGGCUGAGCUCAAGCUUGCGGAUGGCAGCAAGACUCACCCGGUCCUGAUCAGCCGUGGUGGCUAUACCGGAGAGGACGGUUUCGAGAUUUCCUUCAACGGCAAGCUGUACCCUGCUUUUGAGAGCACCGUCAAGGCUGUCGAGUCUCUCAUGAAGACCGGUGGUCCCGAGCGUCUGCAGAUGGCUGGUCUCGGAGCCCGUGACUCUCUCCGUCUCGAGGCGGGCAUGUGCCUCUACGGCCACGAUCUGGAUGACACUACCACCCCUGUCGAGGCAGGUCUCAGCUGGAUCAUCUCCCCGGAGCGCCGCAAGGCUGGUGGAUUCCACGGUGCCGAGGUCAUUCUCCCUCAGCUCACACCCAAGUCCAAGGGCGGCGCUGGUGUCGAGAGACGACGGGUCGGCUUUGUCGUCCAGGGAGCGCCUGCUCGAGAGGGCGCCGAGAUUCAGAAGGAUGGAGAGACCAUCGGUACGAUUACCAGCGGUGUUCCCAGCCCGACUCUCGGAAAGAACAUUGCCAUGGGAUACAUCAAGGAUGGCCAGCACAAGUCCGGCACGGAGGUGGACGUCGUUGUCCGCGGUCGCAAGAGGGCUGCUGUUGUGACGAAGAUGCCUUUUACUCCUGCCAAGUACUGGAAGGCUCCUGCUUAAGCUGUUGAUUUCAUUAUAGUUACCUAAAGUUUUUUUUUUUUUCGUGGGUUUUGUAUUUUUGGGAACGGUACGGGAGCGGUUUUAUUUUGGGCUACUUAACGUUUGUGCAUUGGAAGAAAGAAUAUGGAAACUUCAACGUGUUUCAUGGUCGGAUUUGUAAAAACAGAAAAGCAAAGAAGUCAUUCCGGAGAAAAGAACAUGUUGGACGCUGGAAUUUUGUAAUUCACGGUGGCAUCUGCUAAACUGGACGUAGAUGCUUGUAGAUAAAAAAAGCCAUUCAUGAAUGGGGUCUGGUAAUUUUUGUGUUUGUUCUUCUUUGAAUUACUGAGUAAGAUGCCCUUGGAUAGGAUUGCCAGCUUCGUCUUUCAGCUGGAGGAGUGGUCGCGCCUCUGGGAAACAGGCUAGAAGCUUUCAGAUUUUUGGUGCCUAGUAUUGAGGAGAGUCGUUGAGAGUUGGCGAUAUUGAUAUGC